GUCCGCGCCACGGAGCCGCGAGCCGCGGGGCUGGCCGGCCUCCCGGGAGCGCCUGGCUCCGCCGCACGCGGGGCGCCGGUCCGCGUCCUGAGCCCAGCGGCGGGACCCUGCGGGCUCGGGCUCCUCGGACAGAAUACGAUCACCAUGCCCGGCGCCCGGGGCGCCCGGGGCGCGGGGUUCGCGCCGGCUCUGCCGCCGCCGCGCCGCCUGCUGCUGCCGCUCCUCCUGUCGCUGGUAAGCCGCGUCCCGGCUCGGCGCGCCGCCCCCGGCCCGGCUCUGCUGUCCCCAGACCUCGCGGGGGCUGCGGGGGUCCCCCCCGAGGAGGCCAUCGUGCUGGCGAACCGCGGGCUCCGGGUGCCCUUCGGCCGCGAGGUGUGGCUGGACCCGGCGCGCGACCUGGUGCUGCAGGUGCAGCCUGGCGACCGCUGCGCCGUGACCGUCCUGGACAACGACGCGCUGGCCCAGCGGCCCGGCCGCCUGAGCCCCCGGCGCUUCCCGUGCGCCUUCGGCCCCGGAGAGGUGCGCUACUCGCACCUGGGCGCGCGCAGCCCGUCGCGGGACCGCGUCCGGCUGCAGCUGCGCUACGACGCGCCGGGCGGGGCGGCGGUGCUGCCCCUGGUGCUGCAGGUGGAGGUGGUCUUCAGUCAGCUGGAGGUCGUCACGCGGAACCUGCCCCUGGUCGUGGACGAGCUGCUGGGCACCAGCAACGCGCUGGACGCGCGGAGCCUGGGGUUCGCCUACCAGCCCGAGACGCAGGAGUGCCGCGUGGGCGUCCUGUCGGGCCCGGGCGCGCCGCCCCGCUACGGCGAGCUCCUCGGCUACCCGCAGGCGCCCGCGCCAGCCCGCGCGCGGGGCGCCCAGGAGCCUCUCCUCGUGGACUGCCGGGCUUUCCAGGAGCUGGGCGUGCGCUACCGCCACACGGCGCCCGGUCGCUCCCCAGACAGGGACUGGGUGCCCAUGGUGGUGGAGCUGCGCUCGCGAGGGGCCCCCGCGGGCAGCCCGGCCUUGAAACGCGAGCACUUCCAGGUGCUGGUGCGAAUCCGCGGCGGCGCGGAGAACACGGCGCCCAAGCCCAGCUUCGUGGCCAUGCUCGUGGUGGAGGUGGGCCAGUUCGUGCUCACCGCGCUGACCCCGGACGUGCUGGCCGCCGAGGACGCCGAGGCCGCGCCCGACCUGCUGGUCUUCAACCUCACCGCCCCGCUGCCGCCGGGCCAGGGCUGCCUGGUGAGCACGGACGACCGCAGCCUGCCCCUCUCGUCCUUCACGCAGGGGGACCUGCGCCUGCUGAAGGUCGCCUACCAGCCGCCCUCCGACGCCGCCGACCGGGAGCGCCUCUUCGAGCUGGAGCUGGAGGUGGUGGACCCCGAGGGAGCGGCCUCAGACCCUUUCACCUUCAUGGUGGUGGUGAAGCCCAUGAACACGCUGGCCCCCGUGGUCACGCGGAACACCGGCCUCAUUCUCUACGAGGGCCAGUCCCGGCCGCUCACGGGCCCUGCAGGCAGCGGCCCGCACAACCUCAUCAUCAGCGACGAGGACGACCUGGAGGCCGUGCGGCUGGAGGUGGUGGCUGGGCUCCGGCACGGGCACCUGGUGCUCCUGGGGGCCUCCGGCGGCGGCCCUGCUCCCAAGACCUUCACGGUGGCCGAGCUGGCGGCCGGCCGGGUGGUCUACCAGCACGACGACAGAGAUGGCUCGCUGAGUGACAACCUGGUACUUCGAAUGGUGGACGGGGGACGCAGGCACCAGGUGCAGUUCCUGUUUCCCAUCACCUUAGUGCCCGUGGAUGACCAGCCCCCAGUCCUCAAUGCCAACACAGGGCUGACCCUGGCAGAGGGUGAGACGGCGCCCAUCCUGCCUCCUGCUCUGAGUGCAACUGACAUGGACUCGGAGGACUCUCAGCUGCUUUUUGUGCUGGAGUUGCCCUCCCCGACUGCAGGGCACCUGCUUCUCCGCCAAACUCACCCUCCCCGUGAGGAGGAGCUUGUCAGGGGCCCCUGGCGGAAGCAGGGCGCGUUCUACGAGCAGAUAGUGACAGAGUGGCAGCAGCGAGACAUAGCGGAGGGGCGGCUGUUCUACAGGCACUCUGGACCCCACAGUCCCGGGCCGGUGACCGACCAGUUCACCUUCCGCGUCCAGGAUGACCAUGACCCCCCGAAUCGGUCUGGGCUGCAGAGGUUCGUGAUCCACAUUCGUCCCACGGACCGCCUUCCCCCAGAACCGGGCAGCGGCUGCCCCCUUCGCAUGGUGGCGCAGGAAUCCCAGCUCACCCCGCUGAGGAAGAAGUGGCUGCACUACACCGACCUGGACACAGAUGACCGAGAACUGCGCUACACGGUGACCCAGCCCCCCAUGGACACAGACGAAAACCACUCACCGGCCCCGCUGGGCACCUUGGUCCUGACGGACAACCCCUCAGUCAGGGUGCUGCAUUUUACCCAAGCCCAGAUCAACCACCAUAAAAUUGCUUAUCGACCUCCAGACCACGAGCUGGGGGUGGCUGCCCGCGUGGCCCAGUUCCAGUUCCUGGUGGAGGACCGAGCCGGGAACGUGGCUCCAGGCACCUUCACGCUCUACCUGCAGCCAGUGGACAACCAGCCACCUGAGGUCCUCAACACAGGUUUCACCAUUCAGGAGAAGGGCCACCACGUCCUGAGCGAGGCCGAGCUGCAUGUGAAUGACGUGGACACUGACACUGCCCACAUCUCUCUCACUCUCACGCAGGCGCCCAAGCAUGGCCACAUGAGGGUGUCUGGACAGACACUGCCUGUAGGGGGCACCUUCCACUUGGAAGACAUAAAACAGGGUCGGAUUUCCUACGCCCACCACGGGGAUGCAUCCCUGACGGACAGCUGCUCCUUGGAGGUCAGCGACCGUCACCACGUGGUGCCCAUCACCCUCCGAGUGAACGUCCGGCCGGUGGAGGGUGACGCGCCCGUGCAGAGCCUCCCCGCCGGCACUCUGGGGUCCUACCUAGAUGUCUUAGAAAAUGGGGCCACUGCAGUCACCGCCAGUGCCAUCAGGGGGACUGAUGGGGAUACUGACGAUUUGAUGCUGACUUUCCUCUUGGAAGACCCACCCUUAUACGGAGAGAUCUUGGUCAGUGGAGUUCCAGCCGAGCAGUUUACACAAAAAGACAUCUUGGAGGGUGCGGUCGUCUACGCCCACACUAGCGGUGAGAUAGGGCUGUUCCCCAAAGCCGACUCCUUCAACCUCAGCCUCUCGGAUGUGUCUCAGGAAUGGAGACUAGGUGGCAGUGCCAUCCAAGGAGUUACCGUGUGGGUGACCAUCCUCCCCGUCGACAGCCAGGCCCCAGAAAUUUCUCUAGGUGAACGGUUUAUAGUAACAGAAGGUGAUAAAAGUCCUAUAACCUCAACACAUCUAAGUGCCGAAGAUGCCGAUUCCCGCAGCGACGACCUCUUGUGCACCAUAGUUACCCAGCCCACCUCAGGCUAUGUAGAAAACAUGGCCCCAGCACCAGGCUCCGAAAAAUCACGGGCAGGAAUCGCCAUCAGCGCCUUCACCCUGAAAGACCUCAGGCAGGGCCAUAUUAACUAUGUCCAGAGUGUCCACAGAGGGGUGGAGCCUGUGGAGGACCGAUUUCUAUUUCGUUGUUCUGACGGCAUUAACUUUUCAGAGAGGCACUUUUUCCCCGUCGUGAUCGUUCCCACCAAUGACGAACCACCGGAAAUAUUCAUGCGGGAAUUUUUGGUGAUGGAAGGUAUGAGUCUGGUCAUCGAUUCGCCCAUCCUCAACGCGGCCGAUGCCGACAUUCCCCCGGACGACCUGACUUUCUCCAUCACUCAGUUUCCUGCUCACGGUCACAUCAUGAACCAGCUGAUCAACGGCACGGUUCUGGUCGAAAGCUUCGCCUUGGACCAGAUCAUAGAAAGUUCCAGCAUUAUUUAUGAGCACGACGAUUCUGAGUCCCAGGAGGACAGUUUUGUGAUUAAACUAACAGACGGCAAGCACUCUGUGGAAAGGACGGUCCUGAUCAUGGUUAUCCCGGUCGAUGAUGAGACCCCCAGAAUGGCCAUCAAUAAUGGACUAGAAAUAGAAACGGGGGAGACCAAAAUGAUCAACCGCAAAAUAUUAAUGGCGACUGACUUAGACUCCGAAGACAAAUCCUUGGUUUACAUUAUUCGUUACGGGCCAGCACAUGGCUCACUACAGAGACAGAAACCUGCUGGCCACUUUGAAAAUGUCACACUGGGCAUGAAUUUUACCCAGGACGAGGUGGACAGAAACUUAAUCCGGUAUGUCCAUUUGGGGCAAGAGGGCGUUCAGGAUCUCAUUAAAUUCGACGUGACCGACGGAAUCAAUGCCCUCAUAGAUCGCUACUUCUAUGUUUCUAUUGGGAGCGCUGACAUCGUCUUCCCUGACGUGAUAAGUAAGGGGGUGUCCUUGAAAGAAGGUGGUCAGGUCACCCUCACAACGGACCUACUAAGCACGAGUGACUUGAACAGUCCCGAUGAGAACUUAGUUUUCACCGUCACCAGGACCCCCACGAGAGGCCAUCUGGAGUGCUCGGACCAGCCCGGAGCCACCGUCACAUCUUUCACCCAGCUGCAACUGGCGGGCAACAAAAUCUCCUACGUCCACACAGCCGACGAUGAGGUGAAGAUGGACAGCUUUGAGUUCCAGGUCACGGACGGACACAACCCCGUCUUCCGGACAUUCCGUAUCUCCAUCAGCGACGUGGACAACAAAAAGCCGGUGGUCACGAUCCAUGACCUGGUUGUCAGCGAAGGCGAGAGCAAGCUCAUCACCCCCUUUGAACUCACUGUUGAAGACAGAGAUACCCCUGACAGACUCCUGAAAUUCAUGGUCACGCGGGUGCCCGUCCACGGGCGGCUUCUGUUCAACAAUACCAGGCCGGCCGUGGUGUUCACCAAGCAAGACCUGAAUGACAACUUAAUCAGCUACAGACACGAUGGCACCGAGUCCAGUGAAGACGGCUUCUCCUUCACGGUGACGGACGGCUCCCACGCCGAGUUCUACGUCUUUCCUGAUACUGUAUUUGAAACAAGGAGACCCCAAACGAUGAAGAUCCAGGUCUUAGCUGUUGACAACAGAGCCCCCCAAAUUGCAGUGAACAAAGGGACCUCUACACUUCGCACUCUGGCCACCGGCCACUUGGGGUUCGUGAUCACAAGUAAAAUAUUGAAAGUGGAGGACAGAGACAGCUUACACUUUUCUCUCAGGUUUAUUGUGACGGAGGCCCCUCGACACGGAUACCUCCUGGACCUGGGCAGAGGCAACCACAGCGUCAGCCAGUUUACACAAGCUGACAUUGAUGACAUGAAAAUAUGCUAUGUUUUAAGAGACGGGGCAAACGCCACAAGUGAUACGUUCCAUUUUACAGUUGAAGAUGGUGGGGGAAACAAGUUAACCAAGCAGCAGUUUCGUCUGAACUGGGCAUGGAUCUCCUUUGAAAAGGAAUAUUACGUGGUCAAUGAGGACUCCAAAUUCCUGGAUGUCGUUCUGAAACGUAGAGGUUACUUGGGAGAGACGUCAUUUAUAAGUAUUGGCACAAGAGAUGGAACUGCAAAAAAAGACACAGACUUCAAGGGCAAAGCUCAGAAACAAGUGCAGUUCAACCCAGGCCAGACCAGGGCCACCUGGAGAGUGCGCAUCAUGGGUGACGGGGAACAUGAGCAGUCGGAGACCUUCCAGGUGCUCCUGUCAGAGCCCGUGAUGGCUGCCCUGGAGUUCCCCGCGGCGGCCACCGUGGAGAUCGUCGACCCGGGAGAUGAAUCAACUGUGUUUAUCCCCCAGUCUGAGUACUCGGUUGAAGAAGAUGUUGGUGAGCUGUUCAUUCCCAUCAGGAGAAGUGGAGACGUCAGCCAGGAGCUGAUGGUGAUCUGUUACACGCAGCAAGGGACCGCGAGGGGGACGGUGCCGACGUCUGUCCUGUCCUAUUCUGACUACAUAUCCAGGCCCGAGGACCACACCAGCAUCAUCCGCUUUGACAAAGGCGAGCGUGAGAAGAUGUGCCGGGUCGUGGUGAUCGACGACUCCCUGUACGAAGAGGAGGAGGUGUUUCACGUCCUGCUGAGCAUGCCCAUGGGCGGCAGGAUUGGGGCCCAGUUCCCGGCGGCCCGGGUCACCGUCAUCCCUGACAAAGAGGACGAACCCGUCUUCUACUUCGGGGACGCGCGGUACUCCGUGGACGAGAGCGCCGGCUACGUGGAAGUGCGGGUGUGGAGGACAGGCACCGACCUGUCCACCUCCUCCGGUGUCACCGUGAGGUCCCGGAAAACGGACCCCCCCUCUGCCGAUGCUGGAACAGACUAUGUGGGCAUCAGUCGUAAUUUAGAUUUUGCGCCUGGAGUCAACAUGCAGAGUGUCCGGGUGACCAUCCUGGAUGACCUUGGGCAGCCGCUGCUGGAAGGGGUUGAGAAGUUCGAACUGAUUCUUCGUAUGCCCGUGAAUGCUGCCCUUGGCGAGCCCAGCAGAGCCACGGUGUCCAUAAAUGAUUCUGUCUCAGAUUUGCCUAAGAUGCAGUUCAGAGAACGAGUAUAUACUGGCGAUGAAAAUGAUGGGCAGAUCGUUGCAAUGGUCCACAGGAGCGGCGAUGUCCAGUACAGGUCUUCGGUGAGGUGCUAUACCCGGCAGGGGUCUGCCCAAGUCAUGAUGGACUUUGAAGAACGCCCAAACACGGAUAUCUCCACCAUCACGUUCCUCCCUGGUGAGACCGAGAAGCCCUGCGUCCUCGAGCUGAUGGACGACGAGCUCUAUGAGGAGGCCGAGGAACUCCGCCUGGUCCUGGGCACCGCACAGGGCACCUCGCCCUUUGGGGCCGCAGUCGGCGAGCAGAAUGAAACUCUGAUACGGAUCCGAGAUGAGGCCGACAAGCCUGUUAUUAAAUUUGGAGAGACCAAAUUUAGCAUCAGUGAACCCAAGGACCCAGGACAGCCGGUGGUGAUAGAAAUCCCAGUGAUUCGCCUCGGAGACACCUCAAAGGUUUCCAUCGUGAGGGUGCACACCAAGGACGGCUCGGCCACCUCGGGGGAGGACUAUCACCCCGUGUCGGAAGAGAUUGAAUUUAAAGAGGGAGAAACCCAGCACAUUGUUAAAAUUGAAGUAAUCUUUGAUGGGGUAAGAGAGAUGAGAGAGGCCUUCACUGUUCACCUAAAGCCUGAUGAAAAUAUGAUCGCAGAGACGCAGAUGGCCAGAGCCACUGUGUACAUAGAAGAAAUGCACAGCAGGGCAGGCGCCACAUUCCCUUCCGUUCCUCAGAUCACCUCUUUGCUGAGCUAUGAUGACGCUUCCAGAGCCAGAGACAGUGCCGGGCCCGUGUCUGGCUAUCCUGUCGUCUGUAUCACAGCUUGCAACCCUAAAUAUUCAGACUACGACAAAACAGGCUCGAUUUGCGCGACUGAGAGCAUCAACGACACUCUGACCCGGUACCGAUGGCUGGUGAGCGCUCCCACCGGCCCCGAUGGCGUGACCAGCCCCGUGAGAGAGGUGGACUUGGACACCUUUUUUACAUCAUCCAAGAUGAUCACCUUGGACUCCAUAUACUUUCAACCCGGCUCCAGGGUGCAGUGCGCGGCGCGGGCCGUGAGUGCCGACGGCAGUGAAGGCCUGGAGCUCAUGAGCCCCGUUGUGACCAUCGGCACAGAGGAAGGUCUUUGCCAGCCGCGGGCGCCGGGGGUGGUGGGAGCUGAGCCCUUCUCGGCCAAGCUGCGCUACGUGAGCCCCGAGGACCCCGAGCACGGAAACCUCAUCAAGCUCACGGUCACCAUGCCGCACACGGACGGCAUGCUUCCAGUGGUCUCCACCAAGGCGCUUUCCAACUUUGAGCUCACCCUCAGUCCAGACGGCACAAGGGUUGGACACCACAAAUGCUCCAACCUCCUGGACCGCACUGAAGUCAAGACCCACCACGGUUUCUUGACGGACGCCGCACAAAAUCCAGAAGUAACUGGAGAGACGUAUCCUUACCAGUACAGCUCCCCGGUCAGAGGCGCCCGCACCUUACGCUUCUACCGAAACCUAAACCUGGAGGCCUGUUUGUGGGAGUUCGUCGGCUACUACACGUUGUCGGAGCUCCUCGCGGACUGCGGGGGAACCGUGGGCACCGAUGGGCAGGUCCUAAACCUGGUGCAGUCCUAUGUCACUCUCCGAGUCCCUCUGUACGUGUCCUACGUGUUCCAUUCCCCUGCUGGGGCGGGAGGCUGGCAGCAUUUCGACCUGAGGUCGGAGCUCCGCCUAACGUUCGUGUACGACACUGCCAUCCUGUGGAACGAGGGCAUUGGGAGCCCGCCGGAAGCUGAACUCCAAGGGUCCCUCUAUCCCACCAGCAUGCGCAUCGGCGAAGAGGGGCGCUUGGUCGUGAACUUCAAGACGGAGGCUCGGUUCCACGGCCUGUUUGUGCUGUCACACCCUGCAUCCUCCACAAGCUCGACGAUCACGUCCGCCCAUCACCCGGGCCUGACAUUUUCCCUGCGCCUCCUACGGAGCGAGCCGACCUAUAACCAGCCGGUUCAGCAGUGGGACUUCACGUCUGACUUCGCAGUACGUGACUAUUCAGGGACCUAUACUGUCAAACUGCUGCCGUGCACCACUCCGUCCCACCACGAAUACCACCUGCCAGUCACCUGCAGCCCCAGAGAGCCUGUCACCUUUGAUCUUGACAUCCGAUUCCAACAGGUCAGUGAUCCAGUGGCAGCCGAGUUUAGCUUGAACACCCAAAUGUAUCUCCUGUCCAAGAAGAGCCUCUGGUUGUCCGAUGGAUCCAUGGGUUUUGGACAAGAGAGCGACGUUGCGUUUGCAGAAGGUGAUGUAAUUUACGGGCGGGUCAUGGUAGAUCCGGUCCAGAAUCUAGGUGAUUCCUUUUACUGCAGCAUUGAGAAGGUGUUCCUGUGCACCGGGGCCGAUGGCUAUGUCCCCAAGUAUAGUCCUGCAAACGCGGAAUAUGGCUGCUUGGCUGAUUCUCCUUCACUCUUACACAGAUUUAAAAUUGUGGACAAAGCUCAGCCAGAGACACAAGACACCGGUUUUGGAAAUGUCCUGUUUAAUGCCAAACUGGCAGUGGAUGACCCUGAAGCUGUUCUCUUAGUGAAUCAGCCUGGAUCUGAUGGAUUUAAAGUUGACUCAACGCCCCUCUUUCAGGUCGCCCUGGGCCGGGAGUGGUACCUGCACACCGUCUACACGGUGCGGUCCAGAGAGGAGGCCACGCGAGGCGGGGGCAGCAGGGCCGCGCGGCGCAGCAGGAGGAGGGCCGGCGGCGCCCCGGGCGGGGACAUCGGCUUGCGGAGCGGCCGCGGGACGGACAUCCAGCACGUGGCGCUGCACCGCGCAGCCAGGACGCGGACGCCCGCGGGGGGAGCGCCGCUCGGAGGCCCUCCCGGCGGCCGCGGCUCCCGCCCGCAGGCUGGCCCGGCCGCGCUCGCCGGGGGCAUCGCUGCGGGCUCGCUGGGCCUCUGCCUCGCCGCCGCCGGAGCCGCGUGUGCGCGCAGGAGAGGGGCCCGGGCGCGGGGCUCCCCGGGGCGCAAAGGGGGCCCCGGGCCCGCGACGCCCCUGCGGAGCCCACCCGGCGACAGCUCCGAGGUGUGAUGCCCCGGCCGGGGUUCCGCCUGCACCCCGCGUGCCCCAGGAGAGACCGGGGUGACCCAGACGCUUCUGUGAACGGCAGCGGACUGCGGACUCGUCGUCGGAGGGCCUGGCUGCCCUGACGGACUGUGCGCUGUCUGCUCUUCCAUGCAUCAAGGACACCUGCCCCCUGCCCGGGGGGCGGCGGCGCCUGCAGGUGCCCGGGGCCGCGGAGGGCGGUGGGGGCCGCCGGCUCACUCCGGACGUCUUCCCUCCGCGGUGGAGGUGAGCCUGGGCACAGGCGCCGACAGCCUCUCCCGGGUUUAAGAGGCGUCUGUGGUCAUGGCAUCUGUAUGAGCCCUCAAGGUGCAACUAGCACAUUGUCUUUCCAUUGGGUAACAGUUUAUUACUAGAAAGGUUUUCAUUGGUAGCCUGAAAGAAAGAUAUACACACACAGUUUAUAUUGUGACAAGUUUUCUAAUAGAUGAAGACGGCACAGCAUUGUGACCAGGGUUAGCUCAGCCCACAAUCACCUUUUGGACAACUUGGGAGGGACCGGAAGUAAAGAGAGGGGCAGGAACCCACUGACUUGGAUUUGAAUUCUUUCUCACGCUCAUCAGACCUCCCUUGUUUGAUUUGCUGAUGUGGUUUUAAAUUAAACCAAAGAAAAUGUUAAGUCUGGGAGAGACUGUUGAAGAGAGACUGCUCUGUUUUGGUAUGUAGUGAGAAACAGAGUUGUUACAUGGUAAUAUACCUUAUUGGUGCUCAGCGUUUGUGGGCAAUGAGAGGGUGGGUGACAUUCUGAUAACAAACAAAUACUGUUGUGUUGGACUCACAUUUACAAGACAACGUUCUCUAAGAACUGAGCCUAGAGAUUGCAGUAUUGAACCCAUAAAUGAUCACGAGAAACAUCCUUCAGGGGUGGAGGGAGAAAGUGGUAUUUAUUAAUAUAAUAUUUUUAACCAAAGUGCCUCUCAUACAUACUUUAUGGAACUAAAAAAAAUUGACAGAUGAUACAUGAGGUUAAAUCUAGGAAUAGCAAAAGUCACACACCUGUGUGUAGAACUUGAGGCCGCAAGACAUUUUAUUAGCUUUCUCAUCAACUUCUGGUUCAAACCAUGGGAAUCUCUGCACCUGUCAUUCCAGAGGUGGUCUUGGAGGUGGCCAGCAUCCCUGAGAAGCUCCUUUGAGUCAGGAGGAGGGCACCUUCCCUGGCAUCUCCAGUGCAGUGACCUGGCACAGCAAGGUGCCUCUCUGUACCCAAAAAUAUAAUGUGUAAACUGCUUAUAGUGUUAAAAACCAAGGAGUUUGAGUGAGCUUGCUUGGCAAGCCCCCCAUGGCCUAUCUGAAGGCAUGUUCUUUCACCAAAUGGCAGAUAUGUCAGCCGGAGAGGGAAAUGUCAGUAGUGUACUGGCAGUCUUCCAGAAGGAAGUAAACGUAUUUCAAACAAAAAUAAGGCCAGGGUAAAAAGAACCGUGCCUGAGACUGACCCUCGAGGGCUGCCUGGAAUCCCCUUCACCUGCAGCCGUAAGCUGGCUGCCCUGGACGUGGGGUAGAAUGAAGGGUUUUAGAAAGCCAGCCUCCUCUCAGGUCGCACAGCCACAUCUGACCUGGUGUCUGUGAACACCGACAACCUCUUGAUUGAAAUGAGAACGCUGCGCGGGUGCUGGCAGAGGUGAAAGUGUGUUCACACUCAUCUCUCUUCUUUGGGCAGCUCUGCGCUUCACAUUCAAGGUCUUGUAAAGAACAGAGUAGGCUGUGGUCUCCUUGCCGUGGGGAAUUUACAAACACCACCUACAACUCAAAGGUUCCCCAAAGGGGGAGAAAGAGAAAGUGCUGCCUAGCCUGGAGUUCAUCAAAUCAGUAUUAAUGGUUCCACAAUUACUCCCUUUCUUUUCCUCUGCGAAUGUCUGGCAGCUGCUCGUCUGCCUCUUUGGCCCCUGUUAGCUCACAAGGGAACGUGCAUGAGCCGAGCAGCCUCACCCGGCACAUGGACUUUUUAUGGCUUGGCAUUGGCCAUGGUCUACACAGACUGUUCGAGCAGGUCCUCUCAGUAGACUUGUGCUGCUGUCUUAGUAAGGAUGCUGGCGUCAUGCAACCUUCAUGACCGCCAUGGGACCGUGGGCGUCUGUCGCUGAUGGAGUACUCAGCCAAGCACUGAUACAGGUCAGCUUCGAGCCUUUGGGCCGCGCUGCUUUUAUAGCAGAUGUUCCAGCCUACACUAAGUCGUUCUCAUGAGACUACUACCUGUGAACUGGAGGGCGUAUAAAUGCACGACAUGUCUAUCUGUUCCUAAAAGAAAAAGCUCUCCCUCUCUGCCCGUCUCCUCCUCUCUUUCUCUCCUCCUCCUCUCUGUCUUCUUCCUUCCCUUCCUUCCCUUGAAAAAAGAGAAUCCGUGGGAAAUAGGCAGAUAGCUUUCUUAAGUAUAAAGUACUUGGAUUUCUGCAUGACUUUCUUAGUAUCUGUUUGCUUAAUGUGUGAUUUAAUACACAUCAAUCAAAAAAAACUAUUUUGGGUGGAAAAGAGAAUGAGGCAAAAUGCUUUAUUGUUCAAUAAAACAGACCCUUCUAUUCAAUAUUUUGUUUAGAAAUUAUUCUAGUAUUAUCAGAACAAAUACAUAAAAUAACUCCCCAUGGAGAACAGGAUAGAAGAAAUAAUAGCCCUUUAGAUACCCCGUAGCUUCUGACCGUAGUUAAAACCAGGUCUUGUCGAUUUCUCACAGUAAAGCCAAAUCGCAAAAGCGGCUCUUAAGCACGUGGCUCUCCUUGCACGUGAACUGUGAAGAACUGAUAUACGUAGCUGUGUUUUAAUGAUGGGUUUUUUUUAUUCCACUUCAUGCCCUCUGUUAACAUCUGCCAUGUGCUGGGUUAGGAUUAGCACUUUGAGGUACAUAGAAACCCAGCGACUGCCCUGCCCUCGGCAGGUUGUAAACAAAUGUGUCUUUUUAUUUAAACCGAAGGGAUCAAGAUUUGCAUUCGGUUCCCUCCUGGACCAGGAACACACCAGGCGCAUCAUUCUGAUAACAGAGCCAAAGCAGAAUAUUUCAAAUCAGGAAUCUAAUGGCAUUGUCCUUUGCAAACCCACACAGAGAAAGCAGGUUGCAGAGAUAUGAGCAGCCCUGUGUAUUCUUUUCCUCUUAAUGGAGGACAGGCCCGCUUUGCUCCAAGAACGGAGCAUAAACUCUAAUCCCAGUCUGUGAACAUCACCAGCACCUCCGUGAAGCAUCCAGUUUGAGUAAAGGUCAGAUGCAUUUGUGAUAAGAAGGAAAAACUCUAGAUUCAAUAUGAAGGGAUUUAGCCCUACAAGAAGCAAAACAGCUUCUUUAUCAAGUCAUCUUAUCUCAAAGCCUUUUCCAAGCCACCAACUCCAAAGUCAACUUUAAAAAUGGAAUGGAACCUGUAUAAAAAUCACGGAGAGCUUUUUUCAUGUAAGUCAGCAUUAAGAGUUAAAAUAGUCCCAAAUUGAGAAAUGUUAAAGUAACAGUAACAGAGCAAAAUGUAAUGACAUUUAGAUUUUUAAAGCAGGAAAUGUAAUUUUUGCUACUAUUUUGAAAACACCUACUUAGUUUUGACUUGGAAACCAACUUAGCAGAAAAAAGAGAAAGUAUUUUUUUAAACGCGAAUGUUUUACAAAUUGGAAAUUUACAUAAUUGUGUUAAUUUGAAAGAUUGUUAUGAUUCUUUGAAACUAUUUCACUUUUUCUAUCCAUGAUAGCAAUAAUAGUAAAAGGAUAAAAAUAGGUGUCUUUACUAACCACAUGGCAAAUGAAUGGGACUCAAAUGUUCUAUCAGUCCAAUUUCCCUAUAAUUAGAAAUGUGUAAUUUGUCAGGAAACCAUAAAUACUACUGUUGUCACACAUGUGUGCAUGUACACACACACACACAGACAAAUGUGCAUAUAAAAAAAAGCAAGCAUCUCAUUUCUAGAAAAAGAUGAGCCUAAAAGCAUAGUUAUAAUUGAAAUGACCCAUACAAAGAUUUUUAAGUAGGUUAACAGAAUGGUCUUUUGUGAAAACAUACUAUCCUGGGAGUUCUGAGACAUUAGUUCAAAGGUUAAUGUGUUUCCUUAAGAUGUUUUCCUAGAAAUUAUUCCAGUAUCACACAGUAAUGACAUUGAAAUGUUCAGAAAUUAUUAUCCGGAGGCUCAAAGUAUCCCUCACUGUAUUUCUCCUCGUUUUUACAUCCUUUGAUGUUAGGAACAAAUGACUUUGAGAUUUUGGUAGUUAUUUUGAUUUUCAUAAAAGAUUUUAAAACAGAAGUACAUGGUAUUUUCCUAAUUUUUACCAGAAAGGUUAUACAGAACACUUUAAAGUAAGGAAAGAAAGUUAAUUUUCCCUCUUGAGCUAAAGUUGAUAAAACAAAAUAUACUAAUGUGAGAUUCUCUUUUGGUUUAAUUUUAUUGGGAAAUAAUCAGAAUAUUGAAUUUGCAAACUUGUAAACAGUUGUGUUUUCUUUUUUCUCUUUCAAGUGCAUUUAUUUCUUUUUCCCUGAUAUUUGUUGGUGCGUAUGUUUUUUUCAAAGAACUACGUCAAACAGCAAGCACCCUGCUCCAGCAGUGACAUCUGCUCUUAGUGUCUGUUCCUCUCUUCCUCCCUUCCUUUCUCUCUUUCUUUCUCUGAGAUUCGUUUCUCAUUCUUCCAGCAAUAUUUCCCUUUUGGUUUUGAAAACAUUGCCAUUUUCACUAUGUAAGCAGCAUUCUCAUUCAUCUGAAGACUGGUAAGUGAGCACAGCAGCUGUGCACCUUCCCUUCUUUAUAAAAUGUUACGGUUUGGAUGAAGGAAAAAAAACUCCCUGCAAAAACCAAAAGCAUUGUAUUGAAUAAUGUGAUGACAAUCUGCUCCUUGAUUUUCUCUCAGUGGAGGCCCAACAUUUUCAUUUAAGAUGUAAAAAAAAAAAUCCCUUUAAGGAUUUAGAGUAAGAAUAAAAGGUCAAAAUUCACAUUCUUGGAACUGUUUUGGAUGAUUGUAUACUUUGAAAUGAAGUAAAAAUCAAAAGAAACUUAUUAAAGUGCUAACAGCAUUGAAGUAUUUAAAAUUAUAAUUAUUAAAUGCACAAUGCUUUUACUAUUAGCCAGAUGUUGCCUACAUUGAUUAAACAAAUUUCUACCAUUUUUUCCAAUGUUUGGGUAAUCCUCACACAUAAGAAUUGUUAGUAUUGUGCCUUAAAAAAGGAGAAAGAAAAAAGAGAAAUGUAAGUGUUUUUAAACUAGUAUUAAAAAUAAAGAGCAUCAUAAUAAAAAUCACUUAAAAUACAGACAGGUAAUACACUUAAAGUCUGGUCAUAAUAAAAGAUAAUUUCUGGAAGGGCCAAAUUUAAGCACAUCACAAAAAGUACAAAACAGAGUCUUCUGUGGCUUCAGGAAUUCAAGUUUUUGGCAAGAUAUUUUCUAAGCCCAUUUGUCCUUGAAAUUAGACGUUAGCCUGGGCAAGGCAUUGUGUGUUUUAUUACUGCAUUAAGUGUCUGCUUCCUUCCUGAGCGCCCUCCACUGACUGGUGCAUCUGUGUGUAAUUAUCUGCUCAACUUAAAAAGCCUUUGCGGUUUUCCCAGGGUCUAGUUUUUCAUGUAUUUCCUAGGAUACUGCAUAUUUACUGGAUAUUGACGUUUAUCCCUGGGAAGCCAAUUGUACGAGUACUUUGAAGCCAUUCAGUCUUACUUUCAUGUCUAAAAUAAUUCUUGCUACUGCUUGUGUUUCCUAACUACACUUAUUUUCCUUCAAACUAUAUCACGUGUUUAAUAUAAAUAAAGCCUAUGUGUUAAAGCGGC